AUGGCACGUAGGAAGCUUAAGCUUUGUCCUAUGAUGGGUAAACCAAAAGAACCUGGCGGAACCUUUUUCGAACUUAUCCUGGUCAGGAGAAGGUAUAGUGGGAGAAUGAAUAGAAGAAGUAUGGGGAAAAAUAUUACUGGACUCAUAGUUACUAGAAAAAUUUGUGCUACUGUGAUAGCAAAUUAUGACAGAUUACAUAAGAGCAGCCAGAAGAGGAUCAUCGGAAUCACCGGCAAUGCAUAUAAAUUCUUUCACAAAAUGUUAAGACCAAAGGUUGUAGGUGAAGCGACAAAAAAAGUGUUUUUAACUCACCAGAAUACUAGUCAGGAUCAGCUGCUGUAUGUGGGUAAAAAGAGGUACCAUUCUGACAACAGUAUGUACGUGCAAGCAUCUUAA